AUGUCUGCACUGCUACAGUUUAAAGAGAGGUAUGAAAUCGCCAAUGUUUCGGGUGGUCCUCUCGCUCAUCCCAAGACUCUAUCCUGGAAAAAUAGUCAGGAUUGUUGCUCUUGGGAUGGGAUCGAGUGCGAUGAGAACACAGGCCACGUAAUUGUUCUCGAUCUGGGAAGUAGUUUGCUCUAUGGUUCUAUCGACAACAACAGUACCAUCUUCCAGCUUGCUCAUCUUGAAAAGCUCAAUCUCGGCGACAAUCACUUCAACUACUCUCAAAUUCCGUCUCGAGUUGGAGAUCUAUCGAGAUUGACUCAUCUCAAUCUCUCUGCUUCCUUUUUUUCUGGCCAAGUUCCAUCAGAAAUCUUCAAACUUACAAGGUUGGUGUACCUCAACCUAUGUUGCAAUCUGGAUCCACAUCAUGAUAGACUUUUGUUGGAGAUGAAAGCGCCAGGCCUGAGAAGGCUAUCUCAAAAUCUGACCAGCCUGGAAGAACUUCUCCUUGGUCUCGUCUACAUGUCAUCCCAAGUGCCCAACACUCUGGCAAAUCUAUCUUCACUGAGAAGGCUGAACAUAGAUGGGUGUGACCUGCACGGUGUAUUUCCGUCUGCCAUUUUUUAUUUACCGAAGCUACGAUAUCUUAGUGUGGGUGGCAAUGAAGAUCUCACGGGCCGUUUGCCUAACUUCAACUCUAGUAGUCCUCUUGAAGAGCUGCAGCUAUUUACCACGAGCUUUUCUGGGGAGCUACCGACUUCGAUCGGAUCCAUCCCGGCUUCAUUUGCUAACCUUAGCAACCUUGAAUACCUAGAUGUCGGAAUGAACCCAUUCGCUGCCCAGUCCACUUCCUCUUUGUCUUGGGGAGAAGUGCCAUUUUGGGUGUGGAACGGAAGUUUUAAUAGCAUGCAGUACCUGAAUCUCUCUCAUAACUCCUUAACUGGUCUUGAUCGAUAUUACCCGAUAAAUCCUUUAUACAUGUAUACGAUGGACCUAUCUCAUAACAUGUUGAAAGGACCGCCCCCUGAAGCACCACCAUCCAUAGUGUCCUAUAUAGUAUCCAACAACAAGCUAACGGGAGCAUUGCCACCAUGGAUCUGCAACUUGAGCUCAGCAAUCACACUAGACUUGUCUUCUAACAAUUUGACUGAUGUGCUUCCGGAUUGUUUGGGCAAUAUCAGCGAAUCUCUCAUGAUAUUGAACCUAAAAGGCAACAAUUUCCACGGAAACAUUCCAGAGGUAUCGAGGAGGGAGACGCAAUUGAUGAUGAUUGAUUUGAGUGACAACAAGUUGCAAGGCAAUUUACCGAGGUCCUUGGCCAAUUGCAAAAAGCUCGAGUUCAUCAACGUUGCAAACAACUUUAUCAUGGACACCUUCCCAUCAUGGUUGGGAUCUCUACCGGACCUUCAUGUCCUUAUUUUGCGAUCCAAUAAAUUCCACGGUGUCUUAGAGAGGCCUAAAUCUAGUCUCUCAUUCCCUAAGCUACGGAUACUUGACCUCUCUAUUAAUGCAUUUGCCGGUAAGUUGCUUGUGGAAUUCUUUCAGUCUUUGAGUGCCAUGAAAUCUGACACAGGGAACUUUACAUACAUGCACGGAGACCUAUAUCCAUCAGCGUGGCUUAUGUACACCUACUAUGGUGAUUAUGAUUUCUCCAUGACAGUGAUUUACAAAGGUCUUAAACAGUAUUACCCAAAGGUACUAGAUGUCUUCACGGUCAUUGACCUAUCCAACAAUUCGUUUGAAGGAGAGAUCCCUGGUGCCAUAGGUGAUCUCCAAGGAUUGCAUGGACUAAGCCUUUCCAACAAUUUCCUCACUGGUCACAUACCAUCAUCAUUAGGGAAUCUCACAGUACUUGAGUCAUUGGACCUUUCUCGGAACAAACUCUCAGGACGAAUCCCCCAGAAGCUAACGAAACUGACGUUCCUUUCUUCACUAAAUGUGUCUUACAACAAUUUGACAGGAUUUGUGCCUAGAGGGGCACAAUUCGAUACAUUUACAAACAAUUCUUUUGAAGGGAACUUGGGACUGUGUGGGGAAUUCAUACCCAAGAAAUGUCGACAUUUGGGGUAUGCGUUGGGACAACCUCCAACCCAAUAUGAAGAGGAUUUGGGAUUGCCAAUUGAACUCGAUUGGAAAAUUGUUCUGAUGGGGUAUGGGAGUGGCUUAGUGAUUGGAGUGGUCAUAGGAAAUGCAUUCUUCUCAUGGAAACAUGUUUGGAUUGAGGAAAAUAAUAGGAGAAGGCGAUGGCCUAGUAGGAGGCAACCUAGGAGAGGUAGGAUUUCCUAG